AACUACGCAACAGUUUUGAAAUUUAACUUUAGAUACAAAAUUCGUCAUUAUAGCAAAUUAAAUACAUAUUUUUUUGGUGAUUAAAUAGUUUAUCUCUUGCUCGAUAUAUAGUCGUGUGCCAAUUCGAAAACUGUGCAUCAGGAAAUAUUUUAGUUUAAAUGCAAUUCUCAUCAGUCGCGGAAGCCACACGACGUCUUAUACAUUCUGAUUCUUCCUUGGUUCGAGAACCAAAGUGUAAUUCUGAUGCUUAUUAACCAACAAAAGUUGCUUCAAUAAUCCACACCCCCCUCUCCCGUUUAUUGGACUCGUCCGGUGUGGGGGUCAGGGGUCAGGCGCGUUUAACCACUUUCGCGCCAAAUCUCUCCCCCCCGACGCAGUCGCCUCACACCUCGCCGAUCAAACUCUCGUCGCACGCGGCCCGCGUUCAUUUGUCAAGCGAUCGAGUACAAGUUGGAGAAAGGGAUAUCGCGAUGGGGUUCCUGGAGGAGUGCGAGGCGGUGCUGGGAAGCCGCGACCUCUACGCGCUCCUCGGGGUACCGCGCGGCGCCUCCGAGGGCGACGUGAGGCGCGGCUAUCGCAGGAAGGCCCUCGACACCCACCCCGAUCGCGCCGGGUCCGGGGCCACGCGCGCCUUCCAGCUGCUGGGCAAGGCAUACACACUGCUCAAGGACAAAGACACCCGCGCCGCAUACGACGAGCAUGGCACCGUGGACGAGGAGUCGGACGUGCUGAGCCAGGACUGCGACUGGGAGCAGUACUUCCGCAUGCUUUUCAAGAAGAUCACAGUGGAGGACGUGCGGAAGUUUGAGAAGACUUACAAGGAGUCGGAGGAGGAGCUGGCGGACCUGAAGCAGGCGUACGUGAGCUGCGAGGGCGACAUGGACGGCAUCCUGGAGACGGUGCUGUGCGCCGCCAUCGAGGAUGAGCCACGCUUCCGCGCCACGCUGCAGGCGGCCGUCGACGCACAGGAGCUACCCGACUUCCCCGCGUUCAGCCAGGAGAGCAAGCAGAAGCGGCAGAAGCGCCGACGCAAGUACACAGCCGAAGCGAAGGAAGCGGAGGCUCACGCCAAGGAACUUGGGCUUGAUGGAUCCGAUGACACUCUUCAAGCACUCAUCCUGAAACGUCAAGAAAACAAUAAGAAUAAGAUGGACUCGUUUCUGGCUGAUCUGGAAUCUAAAUACUGCAAGAAAGGGAAGAAUGCAGGCCCUGCGACGAAGAAAGGCAAAGGGAAGAAGUGAAUGCAUGAUUUCACAAAUUCGGCAUCGACACAGCUGACAUUACGUUUGCUGCACCAAGCAAGACGUCAGUGUUACGAUGAGUUUGCUGUAGCUGAGCAAGUAGGAAAACUAGUGGCUGGGGUGAAGCCAGUGGUUUUGAAAUGUGGGGACGGUAGAGUUUGAAAUUCUAUCGCCAUGUGGUUAAAUAAUUAAAAUACACAAUGUGCAGGUUCGCACUCGUGCUUAUUGUUUUGGUGUAUAUGAAUACUUACUCUGUUACGCGUGUAUUUAGAUGCUAUGGAGAGGGGAAGAAAUGGAUGUGUAAAAUAAAUUUGAUUAAAUGAUACUGAAAAUGUGCUCCCAAGGCACUUACAACGAUAAAUGGAUUUGUCCCUUGUUGAUGUCAUUGUGAACUCGAUGUACCAGCACCUCUGCAAGCAGUUUCGUUUCUGUGCAGCACGUGAGGAGGGUAGAGCGAUUACAGAUACAGCGUGACUUUCUAAAGUGAAGGGGUUUUUUAUUUUUGUUUCUCACAUGUAAAAAUGUAAUUGAAUACACUUGUGCAAAACAA